AAUAUUGUUAGACCAAGGAAAGUAUGAAGCAGGAAUAGAAUAGCAAUCAAAGAUGCAUAAACUCUACUAUCGCCUCACUCUCCUCUCUUCAUCUUCGCCACUAUCCCUCCCUUCCAAUCCUUCUCUUCCCCUCACUCUCCGUUACACAACCGCCGCCAACUUCGCCUCUGUAUCCACCUCCCGGUUUAGCCAUAUAGCACCUCUCGCUGCUGUGUCCACCGAAGACAGCGCCGGCGGAGCCUCCAACGGCUCCGUUUCUCCCUCUUCCGCCACCGAUACUUUCGCUGAUUACGAAGAUGAUUCAACUCUAGGAGUAGGGUAUCGAGUUCCUCCACCAGUGAUCAGGGACAUUGUUGAUGCUCCGCCCGUUCCUGCAUUGUCAUUUUCACCAUAUAGAGACAAAAUUAUUUUUCUUAAGCGAACAGCCUUACCUCCGCUAACUGAAUUGGCUAGACCGGAGGAAAAGUUGGCCGGUAUACGAAUUGAUGGACACUUAAAUUCAAGGAGUCGUAUGUCAUUCUACACAGGUUUAGGGAUCCAUCGAAUUCUUCCUGAUGGUACAUUAGGACCGGAGGUUGAGGUGCGUGGUUUCCCUGAAGGCGCGAAGAUCAAUUUUGUUACUUGGUCUCCGGAUGCUCGCCAUUUGUCCUUCAGUGUUCGUGUGAACGAGGAAGAUUGUAAUACUAGUAAACUCAGAGUAUGGAUUGCAGAUGUGGAAACAGGGAAUGCUAGACCUUUGUUUCAGUCUCCUGAUGUAUAUUUGAAUGCAGUUUUUGAGAACUAUGUUUGGGUAGAUAACUCUACACUGUUAGUUUGUACCAUUCCAUCUACUCGUGGAGCUCCACCGAAGAAACCUUUGGUUCCCGGAGGCCCAAAAAUUCAAUCUAAUGAAACGAAAAACGUUAUUCGAGUAAGGACAUACAAGCAUUUGCUGAAGGAUGAAUAUGAUGAAGAUUUAUUUGACUACUAUGCAACAUCUCAGCUUGUUUUAGCAUCUUUGGAUGGUACGACAAAGAAUUUCGGACCGCCGGCUGUUUAUACCUCUCUGGACCCUUCCCCAGAUGAGAAGUACAUUAUGAUUAAUUCACUGCACAGGCCAUACUCUUUUAUUGCACCUUGUGGUUUAUUUCCGAAGAAGGUAGAGUUAUGGAGUGCCGAUGGAAAAUUUGUCAGGGAGCUUUGUGAUUUGCCGCUUGCCGAAGACUUACCAAUUACAUCAAAUAGUGUGCGAAAAGGGAUGCGUUCUAUUAAGUGGAGAGCUGAUAAGCCGUCAACUCUCUACUGGGUAGAGACUCAAGAUGGGGGUGAUGCAAAAGUGGAAGUUUCUCCUCGUGAUAUAGUCUACUCACAACCUGCUGAACCACUAGAAGGUGAACAACCGGUGAUAUUACACAAGCUUGAUCUCCGCUAUAGAGGAAUUUUUUGGUGUGAUGAUUCGUUAGCUUUUGUAUACGAAUCUUGGUUUAAAACAAGACGAAUAAGAACAUGGGUAGUCUCUCCUGGAUCUCAAGAUGUGCCUCCACGCAUCCUAUUCGAUCGAUCUUCAGAUGAUGUGUACUCUAAUCCUGGCACUCCCAUGCUGCGGAGAACCCAAGCUGGGACAUAUAUUAUUACCAAGAUAAAGAAAGGGGGUGAUGAAGGAAGAUAUAUCUUACUAAAGGGAAGUGGUGCAACACCAAAAGGAAACAUUCCAUUCCUUGAUCUUUUUGACAUACAUACAGGUAAUAAAGAACGAAUCUGGGAGAGUGAUAAGCAAAAGUAUUUUGAGACUGUUGUUGCUCUAAUGUCUGAUCAAGAAGAAGGGGAUUUGCAGUUAGAUAGGCUGAAAAUACUGAUUUCAAAAGAGUCAAGAAGAGAAAACACCCAAUAUUACUUUGUUAGCUGGCCAGAUGCAAAAAGAGUUAAAGUUACAAAUUUCCCUCAUCCAUACCCUCAGCUUGCAUCAUUGCAGAAAGAGAUAAUCAGGUAUCAAAGAAAAGAUGGGGUUCAGCUUGCUGCUACAUUAUACUUGCCACCCGGUUACAAUCCAUCAACAGAUGGUCCUUUGCCAUGUUUGUUUUGGUCUUACCCUAGAGAGUUUAAGAGAAAAGAUGCUGAUAGCCAAGUUCGUGGUUCUCCAAAUGAGUUUGCUGUGAUCGGUUCCACAUCACCCCUUCUUUGGCUGGCUCAAAGGUUUGCAGUUCUAUCUAGGCCAACCAUUCCUAUUAUUGGUGAGGGAGAAGAGGAUAAAGAUAGCUUUGUAGAGCAAUUAGUUGCAAGUGCAGAAGCUGCUGUGGAAGAAGUUAUCCGGCGUGGGGUAGCUCAUCCAAAGAAAAUAGCUGUUUGUGGACAUUCCUAUGGUGCGUUCAUGACUGCCAACCUCCUAGCACAUGCCCCUCAUCUCUUUUGUUGUGGAAUUGCUCGUUCUGGUGCUUACAAUAGAACGCUUACUCCUUUUGGUUUUCAGGAUGAAUAUAGAACUCUUUGGGAGGCCUCUAAUACCUAUCUCGAGAUGAGUCCCUUCAUGUUCGCUAAUAAAAUUAAGAAGCCUAUCUUGCUUAUCCAUGGGGAAGAGGAUAAUAAUUCAGGAACAUUACCCAUACAGUCAGACAGGCUUUUCAGUGCUCUGAAGGGUCAUGGUGCUCUUUGUCGGCUGGUGAUUCUGCCUUAUGAAACCCAUGGUUAUUCUUCCAGAGAAGGCAACAUGCAUGUCCUUUGGGAAACAGGUAGAUGGCUGCAUAAAUACUGCGUGUCAAAUACCUCCGAUGCAGGUGAAGAUUAUCCUGGUACAGUCAAAGAAAAUAUUAGCAAAGGAACUAUAGAUGCUGAAAGCAAAGUGGCUGCAGCCAGUGGAGGUAGCAGCAAAGAAGAAUGUGAUCUCGAGCACGAAGAAUCUCAUUCUCUUCCAAGAUCUUUCCUGGGAAAUUUUUUCCAAUCUUCUGGGAAGCACUAGAAUUGAAGCGUCCAAAUGAUACACUGUGGAAGAUAGAUGCCCUUCACUGAGAGAAUGGAACACUUACAUUAUAGUUGUUGAAUAUCAAACGCAUUCCUUCAAUAGCUUCUAUAGCAAUAAUUGCAUUGCUGGUGCAGUGGCAGGUUACCAAAUCAUACCUUCAUUAAUUUAUCAGGAUGUUUAUAAUCUGUGGUCAGUGUUUUCAGAAAGAUCUUAGCUGCUUAGGCGAAUAAUGCACGGUAAAUUUAAACAUAUGUACUCGAGUAAUAUCUAGCUAAACAAUAUGCACCAAAAUGCAGUUUAGGGCUGUUGGGCUUUCUAAUAUCUUGCCUUCCUAAUUAUUCAGCCGUGAUUCAUUAUCAGAAGAUCAAGGAUGUUGGUUUAAAUGAUGUACAAGUUCUGUAUUAUUUUGUAUUUGGGUUCAUCAUUCAAAUAUAUCAGACAGAAUAUUGUUUUGGAUUUAUUUAGUCAAUGAAUAGUUGGUUUUAACAUUAGUUUUUUUUUUGUUGGCGUAAAUCGUUUAUUUUGUGUGUGCAACUUUAAAUAUUAAUCCAUCGAGUUUAAUCCUUUAGCCUGUGGGUGGGAGUCAAAUGAGUGGCUAAUUCUUCCCAAGAGUUUUGACAUUUUUUUUUAUGGUUAAAAAGCUUCAUUUAGCAAAUGACGAGGGAAAACAAGAAGCUGAUGAUCCCACAAGGUCACCAAGCCAAGUUCUUGAACCAACAUUCGAAGCUAAACCUACCGGUUUGUGAGCUUCUAUGCUUCUAUCCUCCCAAUGAAACAGACAGUAGCAAAAUUAAAAUCAGACAAAAGAGAAAAACAAUCACCAACCCUGUUUUCUAAACCUGUCUAAAGUUGCCAUAGAAUAUUUCCUUUGAAUGUAUUACGCGACCACUAACGCAUCAGUUUGAAUGACAAUUCUGCGCCAUUGCUGACUCCUAGCAAGCUCCAAAUUUCACCUGACUUUCAAAGCUUCAACAAGUGUAGGUUCCAUGGCUAUCAUCUCCUUCUUACAAGCUGAGAGCAACUCCUUCCUUCCUGGUCUUUCACAUAGCAGUCCCAAGUAGUUACCCCUUCAUGGAAACACCCAGCAUCAACAGAGAUGGAAACAUCUGCAUGAAAGUCAACAGUGCUUGUGCCAACAUUAGGAUCCUUGGAUUUAUAAUC